AUGGACUCCGCUAUCUCCAGCUCACAAACAACACCCUCGCCUAGCCAAAGGACGCGUUCGCUCCUUGAGCUAUCUGAAAUGUUCCGGCAGUUGGCCGACAAAAGUGAGGGUGCAGAUAGCGUGCCUGAGUUUCGGGACCUUUUCCACCAACUUUUCCAAGAGGCACCGGCCGUUGCGCAAGCCAUUGCUGCGGCAAUUCGAGAAAAUAUUCCGGACCCGUCUCUUCGCUUAUCCUUGAAACGAAAACGGAGACAGGAUCCAUCCUAUCGGCCAAAUCACCCGGUGCAGUUCGUUCCAAGGAAAAGGCAACGUACCGACGAUAAACACGCAGUGGAUGAGCCCAUGACUCCUGAGAGUCCAAUUCCCAAAGGCGAAAGUCCUGAAAUCGAUGAUGCACUGGACUCUACGAUCUGUGUUGACAUGGGUGAACUCAAAUCCGUCUCUAAGCAUGAGAGGAAGCCCGGCGUUCACUCGAGGAUGCUUGUCAUAGAUGAAGGGAAAUUUUGUGAAAGCGAGAACAGUCAUCAUAGCACAAUGCCAACGUCCACCAUUGGGGAGCAGGUAGAAUCGCCACCCGUGCCCGAAGCGCAUCUCACCGAGGGUGAGUCCUUUCUGGAUACCGUGCACCAAAUGGUCGACAUUGUUCACCUGCUCAAAAAGUAUCCGAGCGAUGUGCCGCGCACUGUUCAUCAAAAAAUCCUGCAAAGUCUUUACACCCACCAGGAGUUGUUCAUUGACUCAACAACCAAUCAAUGGUCAGACGGGAGGAUGUGGAUGGAGGUACUGGAGAGAGGAUCUGCCACAAAUCGUCGGUGUACCGUACUCAACAUGCUAGAGUAUAUGGGGGCCUCAAAAUGGGGGAAAAGGUUGCGCGAGCUUGUCGAAAAGAUCGGACUAGGGAUAUUGAUUAGCCCCAAGAUUUGGGAUUAUACCAAGAGAAAGGGACCCCAGUUCAACCAGCUAGUCAAGGAUUUCAGAGCAGAUACUCAACGAUUGUUACUAUUUCAAAUACUUGCACCACAGGUGGAACGACUGGUCCACAAAGGCUGCACGGAUCCGGAAGCGUUGUACGGAGCUUUAAGAGAGAGCAAUCUCGUCUCUGAAGACGAAUUGCAAGAGAUGAAAGCAAAAUAUCAGCCACAAUCUGGCUCCACUUCCGCAGUCACAUUGAGUAAAGCAGUCGAUCGACUAACCAGUCAAGUCAGCGCUCAAGUGUUCAACAAGCAGAAACUGGAUGCAAACGACACGAUCUCAAUCAACGGGAGUGUGGAACUCUCGGUCGAUUUAUUCGCGCGGCUUCAAGCAGGGAAAUGGCUCGAUUCUUGGGCCCUCAUGGCAGCCAUGCAUAUUUCGGACCGGCCAGAUUUCGUCAGGUAUGGCGAAAGUGUUCCAUUGGAUACCAUCGGAAGACACGGCCAGCCGCGAUCGAUCAAGCAGCCUUUUCAGGCUUGGGUGAAACAGAUCGCAGUGUUCCGAAAAGAAGCAGAAGGCAGCACGCCUCUCAUAUUCUACUGUCCCGUCAAUCACAAUAAUUCACAUUUCACGCUGCUGGAAGUUAAUGAUAGUGAGAAAGUGAUUCGACAUUAUGACUCACUAGCACCAGUCACCGCUAUCAAUGGUACGAAAAAGACAAGAAUCGCAGCUCUGGUCGAGGACGAAUUCGGUGACUUAGGAUAUAGAUAUACCGAAGCGCCUACACCACAACAGCGCGAUGCCUGGAGUUGUGGCACCCGAGUGGUCUGGAACUUUAGACGAAUAUCCAACGGCUUUGAUAUUGGAUCAUGGGAUACCGUGCUGAGCUCAGAACACAUGAACAUGGAUAUUCCGAAGCCGCAAACGUGA